UUCAGUUGAUUAGUGGAGGGGAGAGGGAUGGGGGGAGAGAGGGGUGCAGGGGGAUGGUGAUGAAGGUUGGGGGGUGGCUGGGUUAAACAGUCAAAAUGUAAUUGGCAACUGGUUGUAUUGAAUGUAAUUUGUUGGUGUUGCAAUAAAAAAUUAAUAAUAAAAAAAACUUGGGCUCUCCUGUGAUAACCAUUUCCUGGUAAGGGUCUUUUUACCAGCCACCAGCAGUGUAUUCAUUAAAUAUCUCUCUCUUUUCAAACAUUCUUGAUGUAUACAGCCAAAAUAUAUGGACUUACUUUCUAAGGGUAUUUCACAUUUAAAGUUGUCUUGUACGGCAUUGUGUAUCCCACUCCAAUAGUCUUUAAUAAUGGGGCAUUCCCAGAAAAUAUGAUAAUAGUUUGCAUUUUGAUUUCCACAAUUUCUCGAGCAAACAGGGAGGUUACUAUCAUAAUAGGAUUUCUGAGAGGGUGUGAUAAAAUAUCUUAUCAAGUUUUUCCACCCGAACUCCCUCCAUUUCUGUGAACUGGCACACUUCCAUUGAUACCUCUAUAUUAUUGUUCAUUCUUCCUCAGAUAUAAUUAUCCCUCCUUCCUUCUCCCAUUUUGAUUUAAUAUAUGAAGUCAAAUGUGUUUUAAGAUUUGACAAACCCUUAUACACGCUUGAAAUUAUUCUACUACCAUAGUCUGAAUUAUAUGCUUUUCUAAAUAGCUCUAUCAAACAUGUACUUGCCUUGGUUACAUUUUUAACCAUCCCCAUCCUAUUAACAUACUGUCGCAUCUGUAAAUACCGGUAAAAGUCUUGUUUUUCUAAUAGGUCUUUCUCUUUGAGCAUUUCAAAACUGAACAGUGCUCCUUCUUUCAUUAUAUUGCAAAUAGCUGUUAAUCUCUGUUUAAAGAGAUACUAGUGCUAUACACCAAGAUGCUGAAUCCACCUGCAAACCCAACUGACUGCUUGCUUAGGGAAUAUAACGAGAAGAAACGCUGAUACGUAGAGAUAAAAUGUAAAUUGUCUAUGUAAAUAGAAUGAUAUAGCAUAUACAGUGAAUCAUGAUACAUGAAAGCACCAUUGUAUAUUUCCAAAUUUCAAAGUAGAUUCAUUAUAAUAUACGUGCAUGUCCUACAUUACUGUAUUUUUACUAAUAUUCUAUAUGAGCUUGUAUAUGUGAAGACUGGGCCUCAAAGCUGUGGUGUCGCCUAGCGGACUUUGGGACGGGUCAACAGAUGGUAUUGGUGGGUUGGGAUGGGUCUGAACUAUAUACAUGCUUAUUCUGCGUCGUACUUUACUGAUAUUCCUUAUGGGUCUGUUGACUUGACGUGCGAGGAUUGGGCAUCAAAUUGUGGUAUCAUGGGGCAGGGGUAUGUUGGGACUCUUAUUCUGGGAAUGUGUUCUCGUGUGUGACUGUUUGUAAUGUGUUUUUGCACCUUCAUCCCAGAGUAACACUGUCUCGUUUGGAUGACAAUUAUACUUGAAUUGAAUUGCAUCAAAAUAUGUAUAUAUCAGUAUAUAUUACUUUGAGAUCUUUUUCUUGCAAGCAGUUACAGGAAAAUAAAGAGCUACGAUUGAAUUCUUGAAAGACGAAGCAUAAACAAAGACUGAUGAACACCAAUGUGCAGAAGACAAAUUGGGCAAAUAUUGAUAAAUAAAUACUAUUGAGAACAUGAGUUGUAGAAUCCCUGAAAAUGAGUCCACAGGUUGUGGAAUCAGUUCAGAGUUGAGAAUGCUGCCAUCUCUUCUGAAGUCAGUGGUCUUGGAGAGCAUCUCAUUAAGACUCAAUUCUACUGCUGGCAUCAGGCAAACAACAAAUGAGAAAAAGCCAGUGAAAAUCAGUUAGAAAGUAUUGGAUUUCUAUAUUUGUACAGGGGUCCUGCAGCAAGUUGCCACUUAUGCUGACAAAUGCCUGCCUUUCUACGCAGACCUGCAACAACACCGAACCAAUUGAUUCAGUUACACAUAUUGUAACUGAGAAUAACUCCUGGAAUGAGAUUUGGGACUGGAUUCAAACACAGAAGAUGUCAGAUGCUAACAAGCUAAAUUUACUUAAUAUCUCCUGGUUUACAGAGAGUAUGGGUGCUGGUAAACCUGUAGACAUCGAAGAACGCCACAGACUGCAGGAGCAGAAGACCUGCCUGCUUCAGUCAGAUCUAUCACCAGCUUCACCGGUGACAACUGUCUCUCAGUUUGCGUGUCAGAGGAAAUCAACACUUGACAAUAAAAACAAGAUAUUCACGGAUGUAUUGGAUAUUUUGGCAGAAAACUGUGAGUUCAAUGAAAGUUAUGGCUCCUAUGUGACAUAUUCAAGAGCAACAUCACUACUAAAAUCACUUCCUUAUCCAAUAAGUGGAAUGAAUGACCUGGAGCAUCUGCCCUGUUUUGGAGAACAGACAAGAACCAUAAUUGAGGAAAUUCUGGAAGAGGGCUCUUCCUCUAAAGUCCAGAAUUUGUUGCAGGAUGAGAAAUACAAAGCAAGAAAGCUGUUCACCAGUGUCUUUGGAGUGGGAGUGAAGACAGCUGACAAGUGGUUUGGACUAGGGUUUCGGACUUUAGAAGAAGUAAAAGCAAACAAAGAUCUGCCGUUUACCAAAAUGCAGAGGGCAGGGUUCUUGUACUAUGAAGAUAUCAACCAGGCUGUAAAUAAGACAGAGGCAGAAGCUGUGGGCCAAAUGAUUCAAGACAUUACUCGUGAAUGCACUUCUGAUGCCCAGGUGACUUUGACAGGGGGAUUUAGAAGAGGCAAAGAGGUUGGACAUGAUGUGGAUUUUAUAAUCAGCUGCCCCGAGGAAGGGGAUGAAGAAGGUCUCCUCCAUAAAACAGUCAGUAAACUGGACCGUCAGGGUGUGCUUCUCUUCUGUGAUUUUGUGGAGGCCACAAUGGAAAAGAGAAAACUACCCAGCAGAAAAUAUGACGCCAUGGAUCAUUUCCAAAAAUGCUUUCUGAUUCUAAAAUUAGAGAAAAGACUUGUGGACAAGAGAGAGCUCAGUGUGGCCUCCGGGUCUGCAGUGAGGCUAAAUGAUAAGGGAGCAGAACAUGAAAACAAGACUAUGAUUAAAGGCUGGAAGGCUAUCCGUGUGGAUCUGGUUGUUGUGCCUCCUCAACAGUAUGCCUUUGCACUCUUAGGAUGGACUGGAUCAAGGCAAUUUGAACGUGAAUUAAGAAGAUAUGCCAACCGUGUGAAAUACAUGUUACUCGACAACCAUGGUCUAUAUGACAAAAAGAAGCAGGUAUUUCUUAAAGCUAACACUGAGGAAGAAAUCUUUGCUCUCUUGGGCUUGGAAUACCUUGAACCAUGGGAAAGAAAUGCUUAAUCUCCAGAAGUAGAAAGCGUCUUUUCAAUAAAACUCACCAAUACGAUUUUGGCAGAGGAAAAUUAUCUUAUUUUGUAUAAUUUGAUUUCGAAGCCAUUGGUUUAUAAAAAGCUAAUACAACAUUAAUUUUCAACCUUGAGUGUCUAAACCAUGAUCUCAAGUCUAGCAGCAGGAUAUAACAGAUAUAAAUUGUAAAUGAAACUACUUUGUAGAGAGCUACUCAGCCACCCAAGUAAUGGAGACUUAGGAUCAUAGUAAACAAAGAGGGUGAUUGAUUUUUAUUUGUUGAUUUGCUUAUCAAAGAAAACACUGGAUCUCAAAGGGGCUACAUGGGCUACAUGUAAAAAAAUAAUGACCCACAAUCUAUGGUCUUUUGGAAGGGUGAAUUCCACAUUUCCUUCGGCCAACUUUCUUAAAAAUGUGUUAAAGAAUGAUUUAUUGCGUUCACUAUGUUGCUUGUUAUUUUCUUUGAUUUUUUUUCUCUCUGUGGUUACAUAUCAGAUACCAUAACAGUUUUGGAAAUGACACAAUGUGCUGUUAUAUGUAGAGUUCUGCAAAUCCUUAAUAAAGGUCUCAUAACUUGGUUUAAACUAUUCUUCUUGAUAUUAUAAUGUAAGAAAUUAUGAAAAUAACAGCUUGCAGUAAAGCUCUGAUCAAUUCUAAAUACAUGAUCACAGAUUCUAUAAAUUUUACUGGAAUUGUGGAUACAUCAAGCAUCUCUGUCAGGCA